AUAACUCCUUCUGCAAGUGACAUAAAGGAGAUAGGCCCUCUCAUUUCUCAAGAUUCACAUUCCUUUCUUCUUCUUCUCUCAUCAUUCCUCUUCCUGCCAGUCGGGGCUCUGUCUCUACGCAUGGCUCAUGUCCCAUUAAACAUCACUGAUCCUAAUGACACUCCACAGCUCCACAGCAGCCUAGAAACCCCUCUGCAGCAGGAGCCAAUUGACAGUAUCGUGGGCACGCAUAAGAAUGAUUCCACAAUGGCUUCGGGGUCUUUGGAUAACGCAAUGACAUUGUCCUCAAAGCGUGCCAUGCCAAACCAGCCACUCAGAUACGACCGGGACUUGGAGCAAGACACUUCCGCACACAACCCAUCUGCACUUCAAACGGGGACGGAGGACACUGCCGCAUCUUCGCUACCUCUACCAAUCAGCAGUACAUUAUUGCCUCGUAAUGCUGUUGGAGCAGCAGCUGGAGAAGGAACUCAGAGUGUAUCGUUUUCUCCAUUACCGGCAGGACGGCCCUUCUCAGAGUCCUACCCGGCGCGUCGCACGAACGAAUUUACGCCUUCGCCAGCCAGGUCACUCGUGCAAGUGCUCGAGGCUGCAGAGGUCGCUCAGGCCAUGCAGCGACAUGGUGGACGGGGCGAUCCUUCCCCAGCAGAUCAAGAUAUGGAUACACAUUGGGAAACACACGCAUCUGUGGGCACUGGCAUCUCUGCCGUGCACUUUCAGCCCCAGAGGACACACCACCAUGGACAUCGAGGCCGCACUGGAUCAGGAAUGGGGUGGAUGGGUACUAGCGCGCCUGAGAGUCGCUUCAGCGAGUUUGAGGUCGUAUACGAUGACGGUAUUCGCAAACAGAGAACGUUCAGCUUAACGACUGAACUGGACAAUGACGACGAUUCAGACGAUAGUGAUGGUUCUGAGAGUAGCCCUCUGCUCGAAUACCAAGGGUCCCAGGCACGAUAUGGUCAGGAUCUUCACAGUAUCCACAUGCAUGAUGGAGGCAACGGAUCAGAUCCAACGCCUCUUGCCCACUCUGCGUCCUCCUCGGGCAAGUUGCCAUUUCACCAACCCCAGUCAGCCGCGUCUAAUGGACGAUACCUUCCUGGAUCAUCCAGGAGCAACAAUCCCUUCGCCUACCUUAUCACUGCCAUCCUCACCGCAUUUCACCACAUCGCCCACUUCAGACUGUCACUCCCCAAUAGGCGGAUACUAAAGGCAUCCAUAGCAUAUCUCUUGGGGUGCCUUGUAUCAUUUACGCCAUUCUUUCUGCCAUAUAUUGGUACCUCUGGCCAUUUAGCGGCCACCUCUGCCGUGUUCUUUAACCCAGCCAAGUCUCUCGGUCGAAUGGUCGAUGCCGUCACCGCAGGACUCUCUGCAAUCGCAUUCGGAUUCUUGGUGUCUCUCGGGAGCAUGGCAAGCGCGCUUUGGUUCAAUAGCAGAAACAUGUACAUUUGGGGUCAUGUGGUUAGUGUAGUUGUCUUUGGAGGCGGCUCUACGUUUAUCAUCGCCUACGCAAAGGCCUACUUUAAUCGGCCCACGGUCAAUGUAGCCUGCACCCUCUCUCAUAUCGCGAUCCUGGUAACCCUAACAAAGGAGGGUGCUAUGUCGCUGGCCGACUUCAACCUGACGCGAGUGCUUGCCAUUACAACGUCGAUGCUCUUGGGAGUUGUCAUUUCGACCGUUGUUAGUAUAUUCCUUUGGCCCGAGAGUGCGCACGAGAAGCUAAGACAGGACAUGGGAAAGUCGUUGAGUUCUUUCCGUCUUUUGCUCAAGCUGUUAACGAAGACGUUUCUCCUCGAGGCCGAUACUACGCCAUUCGGUUCAGAGUCGGUUCAAAAGUUGAUCGAGACACAAGUCAAAUCAUUUUCAGCACUGGCAAAGUCUUUGGAGGAGGCACAGCUCGAAUUUCCAGGAUCCGGCAUCUCCAAGUAUGAGGAUUGUGUCAAGUCCCUCAACACCCUCGCUCAGUAUUUGAACGGCCUUCGGAGCUCUUGUGGACUACAGUAUGACAUGCUCAAAAGAGAUGAGCAGAGAAAAGGCGGUGAUUCUCACAACCAGCCGGGACAGGCAACUGCUGGUAAUGGUGCGGCUGCACCUAGAUCUGGAGCAGCAGGAAGGCGAGCCCUGGGCAUGGGCAUGAGGAUGCCCUCAUAUAGCCUUAUCGGUAGCCUGACCUCGGACCAGGAACAGAAUACGAGUGCGGAACUGAUCGAUUUCUUGGAUCAUGUUGGAAAGCCCAUGAAAUCUCUUGCUUUGACUUGCAAGUUGACUAUCGAGCACCUGCAGGAAAUCUUCACCAGUACCGAUGUUGCCCGCCCAACCGACCUCGAGAGAUUCGGUAGUCGCUCAAAGGCGUAUCAAACCCACACAGGACAAAGCGGAUACGACAGUACAGGAAUGAUUUCAGACUCGGUCUUUGACGUUGGCACAUCUCGUGUCCACCACGGCUCUCUUCACGACUCAUCAAAGAGGAAUCCCAGUUUCGAAAACAUGCAGCACAAUCUCGCCAAGGCUCUGGACAUCUUUGAGGCCGCCAACUCAAAGGCUUUGAAGCGAUUUUAUUCGCACCAACAUAGGCGACGGUCAGAAAAUUUCCAGCGGCCGAUUGGCAUAACCAAGCACACGAGUGAACCGUCACUGUUCGAUAUUGCCUCAGGCACAGCAGGUUCCGCGACUGAUACUGGCAUAGGAAUGGGUUUCGGGGCCGGAAUUGACGGUGAAUUAUCAGCUGAAAAGGCCCCCAUCGGCGAACAGAUCUUUUUGGUAUACUUUUUCGUUUUUAACCUCAUGGAGUUUUCAAGGGAGCUAUCGCAGCUUGUGAGCUGUGUUGAAAUAUUAGUGGACGGAGACGAGGGCCUGCUGCUCUGGAUCGAAAGGAACAGGCAAUCUUGGUGGCGGAGAGUCUGGUUCAACCUCACUGGCUUUCCUAGGAGACUGAGGCGACAUCCGGCGGAAAGUAAUCCGGUUGACAGCUUUGAUGACCCUGAGACUAGCCAUGAUCCUCCAAACAGUGACCCCAGUCAUCAUCCUGGUCACGGAUCUAUACCUCACAACGCCUCUGAUCACCAGCAAUACAAUAGCCACGGAAGCACAAGGUUCCGCAGGAGACGCAAGGAGAGAUUGUUCCCGAAGCCCAACAUCCACAACAAAGCAAACACGCUGCAGACACCGGUGCCGUCCACCUUUACACAGCGUUGGUCCACCCGCCUCUGGAAAUUCCUGCACCUCUUCCGUUCGUUCCAGGUCAAAUAUGCGGUCAAGGCAGCAUUCAGCACUAUUGUUCUUUUGAUCCCUGCCUUUGUUGACUUGACUCGUCCGUACUUCGUACAGUACCGAGGCGAAUGGGCGUUGAUUUCGAUGUUGAUUGUGAUGGUCCCGACCGUGGGGGGAACGAACAUUGUGGGCAUCUACAGGAUCAUGGGCACAGUUGUAGGGUGCUACAUAGGAGUCGCCGUGUACGUCUUGUUUCCAGCACAGCAGAUCAUGUUGCCAAUAUGCUGCUUCCUGUUCGCAAUCCCCAACUUUUACCUGGUACUCUGCUCAAGCUAUCCCAGGAUCGGACAAGUUACCUUACUGGCCUUCAACUUGGUUCUGCUCCAGACUUACAAUCGCAAAAACGACGACGGUACUGUUCCGCCAGAUGAAGACGAUGAGGACGACGAUAUGCCAGGAUUUCCGUCUCCUUCGGCGAUACUACGCAGGAUGGGUUCCCUUACGAUGAACAGACCUCACGAUCCGACCCAUGUCGAUAUUGUCUGGACUAUCGCAUUUCAUCGUGCGGUGGCAGUCAGUAUUGGCGUCGUUACUGGCGUGUUGAUAACGAGCUAUAUCUGGCCGUAUGAGGCGCGCGUGGAACUCCGAAAGGGUCUGAGCGAUCUCUUGCUAAACAUCAGUUGGUUGUAUAACCGGCUCGUGUCUGUGUAUUCGACCAACUUGGACCGAGUAUCGGUCAUUCCGCCAUCGGACCAUCAGCAGAAGGAUCGAUCAAGGUUCCGGGAAUUUGUGAGGAGAACGACCUUUCAGGAACGCUUCCAAGAGCCGAAUGAAGAGCAACAGGAUGCUGCAGGCAACUCCAAUGAUAUGGACAUUGAGAGGAUGAACAAGGAGUUUAUGGCGAUUGAGCUCUCCCUUCAGUUGCAGCUCCUACGACUCUAUGCCUUGCUGGAGGAAACACCAAACGAACCACGUCUGAAGGGCAAGUUCCCUAUCGGAACCUACAAGAACAUGCUGGGCAGCUGCCAAAACAUUCUAGAUCGAUUCUUAUCCAUGCGACUGGUCAUCACCAAGGACGAAUGGCUCGAGAGUGCCAGACGCGAUUUUAUUGUUCCUGUAAACAGGGAGCGCAGGGAAAUGGUCGGCAAUGUACUCUUGUACUUUUACACGAUCGCCUCGGCUCUACGCCUCAAGACUCCCCUUCCACCGUACCUGCCGCCUGCCAACAACGCUCGUCUGCGGUUGAUCCAGAAGAUUCGACAGCUCCCCGUGGUCCAGAACAAGGUGGUGAUGACGGAGGACAAUGAUGAUAGGUAUAUUUUUUAUUAUGCGUAUGCGCUCGUGAUGGAGGACGUUAUCCGCGAACUGGAACGACUUGGCCGGUGGUCACAGGAUCUGUUUGGUGUGAUUACGCCGGCAGCCGAGUUUGAGGCAUGGUUCACCAACGACGGAGUGGCACCUUUGAUUUUACCAUCCCCAGAUUUGCCCUCGUCCGCGACCCGCGAGGCACCUCAGUCACCUUACCACGAUGUAGACCAGCCCUACCAAUAUCCAACGUUACAGAGACACGAGCGACCGGUAAUGUCUCCGGAACAGCAGGAGCAGGGACAGAGCCCAUCUCGACAACAACCCGGCUUGUCUCCUCGUAAAUAUCACCAUGCUGACGAGCACAGCGGGCUGCUUGAUUCUGGGGCGCAAAGUACUUCGAACUAUCGGUCUGUCGGAAACUCGGUCAAUGAGCGAGAGGACAUGUUUUAUCUUGACUUCCAUGAUCCCUUCAGGGAUUCAAACCCCAUCUCAAUGGGCGAAGAUGCGGAUGGCGACAAGCAUAUGGAUACGACUGCAUCAUUUCGGGGACAAGCUCUUUCUCAAAAGUCGGGACGAAGAAUCCAGAACUCACAUUCAUUAAACUCAACAACUUCAGCCUCGCGGGACCAGCGGCACCAGGGCAGUCAAGGAGGUCAAAGCAGGCGGAGUCAAGGUUCGCAAGACAGCCAGGGCUAUGGGGCGAUAUCUCGGGACCCUAGCGGAAGCGGUACUGCUGGAUCAAGGUCCAGGAAGACAAGCACACACUCAUCGUGGUCUUCCUCCCAAGGUACGAGCGUCGUAGGUGGACUAGAGAUCCAACCGGCAGGCAGCAAUGGUAAUGGCGGUCGGCCGGAGAGGCCCUUGACAGCAUCCAUCUCUGCGACGCGUCUUGGGUAUGAACCAAACAUCCUUAGACAGCCGCUAGUUCAGGAGCCUCAACAGCAGCAGCAGCAGAGCGUUGGUCGUAGGGUGGCAUCUGGGUCGAAUUCGGUAUCGCAUGCGUCAUCGGAGGAAAGGAUUGCGGAUUUAGAGAGACCAAUCCAGGAAGACGAAUGACCCUGUACUGCCAAGUAAUAAUGUGAAGAUAUAACAAUAAUUCAUACCUCGAGUGUCUCUAGAAACGAUAUGUUCCUUGGAUCAGAACGUUUUACUUUUUAUGUACCAGAAGAAACCAUGGUAAUAGAGAGAUGAUACUCCUUCAUGUCAUGCUUGGUGACU